AUGAAUAUGUGUAAAGAGCCCGCGAGGCGCUGCCCCCCGGGCGCCCCUGGGACCCAUGCAGCCGUCGGCCGCGCCCCUGGAGACACCUGCGCGGCACCUGCGCCGUGGCCGAGCGCCGCCGCGUCCCGACGUGGGCCUCGUCCCCUCGCGACUGGCCCGGACGCGGACGGGUUGGCGGCCGUUCCAUUUGUCGUGCGGCGCAUUAUCAGGCGUCCCGGGGCGGCCGCGGGCGUGGGAGCCGCAGGGGCGCUAUUGUCUCCGGAGGGCGUAGCCGGCCGCCCGCCCGCCCCCCGCGGCGCCCCGACUCCCGGCAAAAAAGGACGAGCGGGAACUGUUGGAUCCUGCGCCGACGGACAGGCGGCCCUCGAGCCCGACGGACGACGGAGCGGCCUGUCGCCGGGGCGCUUGUGA